AUGGAUGAGGCAGGUAACAGAGAAUGGUCUAAAAAAUAUACAAAGGUCAAAGAUGUUGUUACUGAACUCGAUAAACUUAUUUCUCGAAUCGAAGUUGAUCAUAAAAUUCAAAAAGUUAUUGAACAACCAUUAUCCAUCAAUAUUUUUACGGCAGGCAAAUCGACAGACGAUGUCAAUGGGAAAUUUGUCUAUUCCCAAGUGCUUAUCGAUUGUCUUCUACGACUUAAAAUUACUCCAGAAGAUACGAAAGAGCUUAUUCAAAUUUUGAAACAAGCAUAUGAAGAUAAUCGUUUUGAAUUGAGCAAUAUUCAAGAGUUUCGAAAAAAGUAUUCAUCUGAUCAAGCUGUUUGGUGGUAUACACGAGAUACAUUCUUUUACAAGGCGCUUAAUGCCGUUCUACGUACAGAAAAUAUCCAUAUGAUAUUUUUAUUUCGUACGUAUAUCUUUGAUAUUCAAUGUCAAUUGAAAACUCAUCAAGCUGAGGAACCUCUACGAGUUUAUCGAGGACAAAUGAUAUCCAUUGAAGAACUGAACACUCUACAGAAUAGUUGUGGUCAGUUUAUUUCUGUAAAUUCAUUUUUUUCCACCAGUACUAAUGAUGAACGAGCACGUUCUUUUCUUAAUGCUCCUAAUACUUCAGAGAAUUUAGAAAAAGUCCUAUUCGAUAUUGUCGCUAAUCCGAAAGCAGCUACGACAAAACCAUUCGCCGACAUCAGGACACUCAGUGAAUUUCCGGGCGAAUCAGAAAUACUCUUUAUGAUCGGUUCAAUCUUUCGCUUAAACAGCGUCAAUCGCAGUGCUAAAGAUCAAAUAUGGAUCAUUGAAAUGACUCUAUGUAGUGAAAAUGAACACGAUUUACAAGAAGUUCUCAUGUAUAUGACACAGCAGCUAGGUAAUGGAGAUACAAACCUUCAAAUGCUAGGAAAACUAUUGUGGGAUAUGGGGCAAUUAGAUAUGGCUGAAAAAUACUUUAUUCGUUUGUUGGACCAACUUCCACCAGAUGUCCAUUUACGCGGUGAUCUAUAUGAAGACCUUGCCAAACUCGCAGCUCACGCAAAAGACUAUAACAGUAGUGUUCAAUGGCGUAAAAAGGCUCUCAAAUUCAAGAAUGAACAUCCAUCAGAAUUAAGCACGAAUAUUAGUAAGUUAGUUUAUUAA